AUGCUUAUCAUUCGCUCUCUAUUGCCUCGACACUUGAUAGUUGCUACACCACUUAUUGUACUUCAGUUUACGGAGCCUCACCAGAGUGGAUUCUUUCCUGGUGACGAGUCAAUCGCCUACCCACAGCGCCCUAAUACUGUGUCUAUGGUCCUUGCUGCAUUCUUUUCGCUAGCAGCACCAUGUCUAGCCGUAGGCAUGUCAGCAGUUUCGUUUGUUGCCAUGUUACUCAUCGUGCAAGUUGGGAAGGAAACAAUUGGUAGCUUACGGCCGUUCUUCCUCGAAGCUUGUGUGCCAGUCAACAUCACUUCCAAUAACUACCAGCCCAAAAUUUUUUGUUCUGCUGAUAACGCCCGGCUUAUUGAAGAAGCCAGAAUGUCUUUUCCAUCUGGCCAUUCAGCCUGCUCUGUUUGGGGGGCAACAAUUACAUCAAUAUACUUACAGCUGAGGUUUCCUAAAUCUUCGGCCAUUAUGUUAAAGGCUUUCUGGCAGACAGCACUGUUUACCAUCGCUUUCUACAUUUGCCUCACUCGCAUUCAAGAUAAUUGGCAUCGUGCGGCGGACGUUAUCACUGGCUCUGUUUUGGGCGUUCUGGCAUCCACCAUGACGGUUAGUUUAUUAAUUAUCAUGCAUUAA